AUGACCUCCCAGGAGUCGUUCAACACCUGUCGCGAGCUUCCGAUGGCUUCGUUGCAGCAAGAGUUCCUUUCUGCCUAUAACAAAAGUCAAGUUCUCAACAUUGUCUUAUUUGACCAACAUGAACCAGCAAUCGCUUGUACCCAGUCGCUACGAAUCAAUGCUAUCAGUGCUGCAGGGGACACAUCACGCCUAGUAUACAUGACGGACGUGAGGCUGCUUGAGCUGGCCAAGAGCGAUGUUCUCUUCCAGAAAUACGGAUGCAUCGUCAUUGACGAAGCACACGAAAGAAGGUUGGCAACAGAUGUCCUCCUAGCCUUGUUAAAGAGUGCUGUGACCUCUCGUCUCGACCUCAAAGUGAUCGUUACGUCGGACACUGCGAAUGCCAGCAAGUUCCUUGCAUACUUUGAGCGAGGAGUCCACUUCGCGAUACCCUCGGACAGUUUUCAAGUUGACAUCCGCUGGCUUCUCGAUCCCGAUCCCAACUUCUUAGAGCUAGCCGUACACACCGCGAAGCAUAUUCAUGAAACUACUGGAGAUGGAGAUAUCCUCAUGUUUCUGACAGGUACUGGCGAAAUAAAGAGUGCCUGUGCUCAACUCAAAAAUACCACGAAAGAUCUCGAUGUUCUUACUUUCCCUCAACGGGAUAAUAUCAUCAAACAAUCUAGUCGACGACGGUGUAUCAUCACCGGUAGCUCCCGAAAGUGGUUCACUCCAAUUAACGGCAUCGUCUAUGUGAUCGCAAUUGACACCCGAUUCAAUCCCCGCGCCGGCCUUGAGAUUCAGUCCGUGGCACCCAUAUCACAAGCCGAAGCUCGCUAUCGAGCUAGGCAAGCCGGGAGAUCUGGUGUAUGCUAUCGCCUCUACACCAAGAGUGACUUUGACGAGGUCCUUCUUCCUACUGUCCUGCCCCCAAUUCUUGUCAGCGACCUCUCAGAGCUUGUCCUACAAUUAAAGGCCAUGGGUAUCAACGACGUUGCCAACUUUGACUUUGUUGAUAAGCCCCAUCCAGAGGUAUUCCUCCAUGCUCUUGAGGAUCUGCAUGCCAUGGGCUACCUCACAGAUGUUGGAGUCAUCACCGAAAGGGGUCAAAAGGCUGCAAGGCUCCCAGUACAUCCGCUCUGGUACAAUGCAUUGGAAAGGGCACACGAACUCGGUUGCAGCGACGAACUUAUAACCAUUGCUGCCACAAAAAGCAUCCGCAACUACAUCUUGACUCGGCCCCCUGCUACUAGACAAGCAGCAGACCUGGCACACCAACAAUUCGCCUGCCCCAUGUCUGACCACAUCACAGAACUCAAUGCUUUUCACGCCUAUCUCGACACAGAAGCCUCGUCUGACCACUCCGAUGCGCUGCAAUCGUGGUGCUCAACCGCCUUUCUCAGUAUGCAGGCUCUGGAAGACGUCAAGAGAAUCCGUAUAAAGCUGGUGGAAUCUUUUGCAGAAUUAUUUGGGGCGCCCUCCAAGAGGGCCAACUUUGAGAGUCGCGACUACGACUUGGGCAUCCGCAAGGCACUAGCCUGGGCGUUCGUCCAUCGCGUGGCCUUUCGUGACCCUAAAAGUGGAAGCGAUCAAUAUAGAUUAUUCCAUUUCAACUGGCAAGCCGCGAUACAUCCUAGAAGCAGUCUCGUGGGUCUUGACCAUCAGUGGAUCGUCCAUAGCACUUUUGUGUACUCUCACCGUCAGUACUUUCAAACCGUCACUGCUAUCGAACCUGAAUGGUUGAUCAGCUCUAAUGUACUCAGGGAUCCAACAACUUCCGAGAGGAGAGCUGGCAGGUGA